UUCAUUUAGGUUGUGGACUGCCAAUAAUAAAAUUGCUACAACUUCCAUGCUGUCAUUGGUGUGCUAACCUAUGCUGCUUAAAUUGCUGGGAUCGAUGUGGACACCCUUCUUACCCCGCUUGAUGUCACGCCCAGAUGUUUCAGUCUCUUUUUGGGAUGUUCUGUGCUUUAGUCCCUGCCUUUUUUCUGUGCAUAGACUCCUCCCCUUCAGAAAAGACAUAAAGCAAGCGACUCUUCCACUUGGAUCAUAUUCCUUCCUCACCUGACAACUGGCUUCACCUCACAUCUGCUGAUACAUAAAGUUGAUUCUUUCUUCUUGUUACAGAGCACUGAUUCAGCCCUUGGGCUGUCAUUUCUUGGCACUUGCCCUGGUGAUUUUUCAGGUACUUUGCUUCUAAGGCAUGGAGAAGGCGAUUGUUCGUCCAUAUAAAAGGCCAAAUGCUCUCUGUAGGCUGAUUUGCUUUCCCUGGGCUGGAGGUGGAACUUCUCACUUUGCUCAAUGGGGCAAACUCUUCAGCAGCUCAAUUGAAGUGUCUGUUGUAAGGCUUCCUGGAAGAGAAAGUCGUGCUAAGGAGCCUUUUGCAAAAGACAUGACAGCCGUCAUUAAUGAAAUAACCAGUGCUUUGCUGAAAGAUCUGCAAGAAAAACCAUUUGCGUUCUUUGGUCACAGUUUUGGAGCUUACAUUAGCUAUGCAGUUGCGGUACACUUGAAAGAAAAGCAUGGACUAGAGCCGAUCCACCUUUUUUUAUCAGGGGUAUAUGCCCCACAUUCUGAAGCAUUUCUUCUGAUGGGAAAAGUAAACGAAGCAAAAGAUGAAGACAUUCUUGAACAUGUCAAAUUCUUAGGAGGAACUCCUUCUGAGUUUCUGAAAAAUGAGGACAUCAAGAAACACCUGAUACUUACUGUAAGAGAAGAUGUUAGCAUUCUUCAGACAUAUUCUUUUGAGAAGGUAGAAAGGAAAACCAUCUUCUCUUGUGAUGUCACCUGCUUUGAUGGUUCUGAAGAAACAGUGCAUGAUGCCGAAGCCUGGCUCAAUAUAACCAGAGGAGAUACUUCCAUUUACAGUCUUCCUGGAGGUCACUUUUAUCUGCUGGAACCUUCUAAUGAAAUUUUCUUGAUAAAACACAUAACCAAGUGUAUAGAAAAUGCUGCUCUAUGAGUAUUUCCCUCUAUUUUAAUAGCAGGUAUAAGAUUAGUCUACAGCACUUAAUUAUUAAGUCAUUCUUUCUGCUGAAUUGCACUGUUAUGCCUAAAAGUUACUCUGUUCCUCCAGAAGAUCUUCACUGUAAUUCUUUAAAAGGAUUUAAAGAGUUGCUCUAAUUUUUGAAAAUAAACUCUAGCUUUGUGUCUUAGAAAUAAAACACUUUUCAUCUUUUCUCGCUCUUCUCAUUCAGCACAUGCAUAAACUGUUUUCAACAUCAGCUGCAAAAAGUGACAGCUCUUAUAAGUU